UAGCAAAAUUUUAGCACAAAUUGUACAUUGCCGUACAAAUUUACACUUUUACCGACAUUUAAUAUUGAAAAGUGUAUAACGCUUACUGAUUGGUUUACACGCGGUAUAUGCGGCCGGAAAAAGUUAGGAUAAGUGAACGUGGUCAUCACAUGUGUGACAGUAAUAUGUAAUAUGUUUCGUGGUGGAUUUUUUAAUAAUAUUAAUAACGUGUACUAAACAAUUGAGUAAAUAGAACACAAUAAUUUAUAUUAAAUUUUUUUUACAGUCUCAAAUUUUUUUUUCAAAUUCCGUUAAUGCCAUGGAAACGGAUUAUUUAAAUUUUCACGAUGGAGGACAAUUUUCAGAAUUUUCUAGCAAUUUUGAUGAGUAUGAUUUUUCUGAUGAUGCUCAAAAAUUACGAAUGGUUAUCGAUGAUGACUUUGAUUACAGUCAUAGUCGACGUGCACAUGAAAAUUUUUGGGAAAUUGAACAAGAACUUAAUGGAGACAUGGCUGUAUUACCAGCAUCAGGAGUAUCAUCACAAAUGCCGAAAAUUGAAAAUAUGAAUCAAGAUUUCGUUAAUACUUUUAACGAUUGGAGUGAACACCUUGGUGCUCUACAGGAAUAUGAAUCUAACAAUGAAUUGAUAACUCUCCAUAAUAAUUUACCGGAAUCUUUGAACAUAAGUUUUCCCGAAAUUUUUAGUGACGACAAUAAUGACAUGUAUAUACCACCGACUGAAAAUACCCCAGAAGACAUUAAAAUAACUCCAAGUCCUAUUAAAACUCUCCCUGAAUUACCAUCCUUAUAUCUGACAUCUCCAGUUAAGAGUAAAGAAAGUCCACUUUUAAACAAAGUUAAGUUAGAACCCGAAGAAAACGAACUAACAGAAGUAAAAGAAAAUUUUGAUGAGUGGGCGGAUAAGGAAGAAGGGGAAGGGUGCAUUGAUGUUGAAACAGUAUCUGAAUAUCAACCCGUGUUAGAAGCUCGCGAUGUUAAAAGUUUAUUAGAACAAUUUGAAGCUUCAGAAGCUAAUCUUGAUCUUAUAAAUCCCAAUUCUACUAAAAAAAAUACCGAAAGUAAACCGUCAUGCGAAAUUAACAACAAAGUAGCAAACAAACCUAAAGAUGUUUCAAAAUCAUUAGAAUCUACAGAACCACAAGUAUCAGAAAGACAUAAAAAUAUCCGCGACUCAUUACCAAAAGAAGUAAUAGACAGGAUAAAUGCUUCAGCACGUAAAAAAGUUAUUUCAGUUAUUCCCGCAUUGUCAACUAACAUAAAAAAUAAUUCCCGUAAUAAUAAUCGUACGACUAAAGCUACUUCUACACGUAGCAAAGGUUCAAAAGUUGUUAACCAAAAUACUGCAUUUGAUACUGUUGUUCAAAAUGAUCACACUUACUGUACUAGUAGUAGUAACAAUAAUAACUCUAAUUACGCGAGUAAUAAUUCUACUGGGCAUGCAUCAAAGCCAGGUAAAGGAAAACAAGGGAAAAAAUCAAUUAAUUCAAAAGUUAAUAAACCUGUUCAAAAUCACCGGAAUAAUUUAAUCAAACGAAUGGACAGUUGGACUGACAGUAGCUCAAAAAAAGACAGUGGGUUAGAAUCGGGAGAUGUUAGUGAUGCUAGUGAAGAAUUAGCUACUAAAAGUUCUGUAAAUUUGAAUGAUCAGCAAAAUCAAUCAAUUAAUAAGCGAUCUUUAGCAAACAAUUCAGUACCUGUAAAUAAAAUAAUAAAUGUUGAUAAUAAAAAAAAUCAAGCAAAGCCUGUUUCUGGAAUAAAAAUACAAUCAGCUUUGGCUACGAGUAUUUUACAAAUGAGAAAUGGUGUUUUAACAAAAACAAAAUCGGUUGAUGAAAAUAUUCUUAAAGGGAAAAUGGUUUCGGUGUUGAAAAAACCACCGGUUAAUAAAUUAAUCGGAUUUAAUGAAAGUAUAAUAACAACGAAAAAUAGUUUGAAUGAUGAUGUGCAAAAUAUUAUUGUCCAAGAUACUUCUAUGAUAUCAUCUUCGUCGUCUUCGUCAUCAAUUAAUGAAAAUGAGAAAAAACCACCAAAGCGAAAAUUGAAUUUAGCUGAGUACAGAAGCAGGCGUGAUCAAAACAGUGCAGGUAAUAGUAGAACGUGUUCACCUAUCCAACCUAUGACGUUAAUUUACAUUCAUCAUGCAUCUACAACAACUGAUCCUAUAACAACUGAUUCUGAUAAUCCAGUCUGGUCAGAACGUGAAAUAGUUUCGAUGUUAAAACCUAAAAAUUUGGUUGAUGAACCGAGAAUAAAGCCUGCUAUGUGUGACGCAUCUGUACAGACACAUGAAACUGUUUUUGAUAAUCCUAAUAGCUCUGAUGUGAUAGUUGAAAAACCAGAAAUUGAAGCUAGCUUAACAACUGAUGUUAAAGUUGUUAAUGAUGAAAAAAUAAGUCUUGUUGAAAAAGAUCAAGCUUUUGGAAAAAAAAGGAAUUACAGGCAGCGUAGAGCUUCUUCAAGCAGUAGAUCACGUUCACGAAGCCGCAGUAGAAGUAGUAACAGUAUUCAAAGUCGUAGUAAGAAAGAAAGGAAGGCUGUCAGUCGUAAAAGAGUCAGCCGGAGUCGAAGUCAUAAUAAGUAUAAGACCAACAAACGUCGUAGUAGUAGUAGUCGAAGUAGAAGUCAGAGUCGAAGUCGGAGUCGGAGUCGGAGUUUAAGUCGGAGCCGCAGUAGAAGUUGGAGCUUGUCAAGUCGAAGAAAUAUUAGACGCAGAAAAAUUAGCCAUCGUCGUAGUAGCGUUAGUUCUAAUAGUAGUUGGUCUUCACGAUCAAGAUCUAGAUCGACUUAUAGGUCGAGAUCAUUCUCAAGAUCAUCACGAUCAAGAUCAAGAUCAAGAUCGUCCAGGUCAAGAUCUAGAUCCAGAUCUCGAUACUCAAGUAGUACACGGUAUUGUAAGUAUAAAUCGGAAAGGAAUAAAAGGUCGGGCCAACGAAAGCGAUCACGGACACGAAGAACGGAUUAUGAUAGACGCAGACGUUACUCGUCGGAACGUAGUAGCGAUUAUUAUAACAACAGAAGAUCACCGAGCUACACGAGAAAUUCUUACAAUAACACAUGGCACAAUCAUGAAAAAACGAGACAAGUUGAAGAACGUCGGGUAAUAUACGUUGGUCGUAUUGAUGAAGGAAUCACUAAAGCUGAUUUAAGAAAAAGAUUUGAAGCUUUUGGACCAGUUACAGAUAUUAGUUUACAUUUUCGUGAGCACGGAGAUAACUAUGGGUUUGUUACAUUUGCUAAUAAACAUGAUGCAUAUAAUGCUGUAGAGCAUGGUAAUGAUGAUCCAGCUUUACCAAGAUAUGAUCUGAGUUUCGGAGGACGAAGAGCGUUCUGCAAAGUUAAAUAUGCUGAUUUAGAUGGUGCACCAAAUAGCUCAUAUAGUACUGGCCGAAGUGUAUUAAAUUCCAACAACGAAGACAAUUCCUUCGAUUUUCUAUUGAAAGAAGUUCAAGCAAAAUUACGUAACCGAAAGGUUUGACAUACGUAUUUUUUAAUAGUUUUAAAUAUUAUUUAAUACAUUGAUAUAGGUGUUUAUAUAUUUAAAUAUACACACCUACGCGUA